GAAGGAAGAAGAAAUUAGAGAAAAAAAAAAAAAAAAAAAAGCUUCAGAGAGAGAGGUUCGAAGGGAAAAUCACAGCGAGAGAGAGAGAGAGAGAGAGAGAGAGAGAGAGAGAGAGAUAGAGCCGAAACCCAGAAGGGAAAGUAGAUGACAAACAGAGAAACAGAGAGAAAAAAGAAAGUUCAGAGACGCAGAGGAUGGGAAUUCAGAAGGGGUAGAGAAUAAGAUUAAGAAGAACAAGAAGACGAUCUAGGAUUCCUUCUUUUUGUUUUCUCGUUCAACAAUUUUGUUGUCUCUUGGGAAAAAUUAUAUAUAUAUAUAUAUAUAUAUAUAAUUUUUUGGUUUUUUUUUUUUCUGUUUUUGUUUGAUUCUCUGACUCAGAAUUGUCCCAUUGGUAGAUUUGAGAAGGAUUCGCUUUCCGAUUUGUCCGUUACAGUCAUAGAUCUUGAGAUAUGGAGACGGAGGAGAGGAAUCAAAGAGCGUGCAAGGCUUCGGAACCCGAAUUUUUCUUACAGUGGGGAAACAAAAAGAGGCUCAGAUGCGUAAGAGUUAAAGGCUCAGAUGUUGCAGAAAGAUUCGGUGGUGGUGGGAUUAGGAGGAAAAUCUCAUCGUCUCGGAUUGAUCGGUGUUUGGUCACUGCUUCCGACAAGGAAAUCUCUCACCAUCUUCAACCCAAUCGCCUCACCAGGAAUUCUGAGGGGGCUACACUCCGGUCUGGUUCAGUCGACAACCACCGGAAAUCAUCCUCGUCGCCGGAGAAGGAGGACAGGUUCUAUACCACCAGAGGCUCAGUGGGUUUGGAAGAGAAUGGAAAUGGGAAGGUUUCAGGGGAUGGACAUAAUAAUAAUAGAGAGGAUAGAGGGCUGGUGUGGCCUAAGCUUUAUAUCACUUUGUCAAGCAAAGAGAAAGAGGAAGAUUUCAUGGCCAUGAAAGGUUGUAAGCUUCCUCAAAGGCCUAAGAAAAGGGCCAAGACCGUCCAAAGGAGCUUACUUCUGGUGAGUCCAGGCGCGUGGCUGACUGAUAUGUGUCAAGAAAGAUAUGAAGUCAGAGAAAAGAAAAGUUCUAAGAAAAGGCCAAGAGGACUGAAGGCUAUGGGUAGUAUGGAAAGCGAAUCAGAAUGAUAGAUCCAAACGAUGCGUUAAAUGGAGGGGGCAUAUUGCUGAAGCAAGUCCCUGUUUUUUUGUUUUAUUUGAAUUCUUUUGGAGAGAGUUGUUGUUAAUUAUAGCAUAUUUAUAGGUAUGGCUUUUCACUUUUAGGCAGUAUCUUUUGUGUACAUAAACUCUAAAUUCAAUUUCUAAUGGAAAUUCAAUUUUAUGCAGA